AUGGGGGACAAAGGGUUCCUGGUGGAUGCGGUGGCGCAGUUCGUGCAGGGCAGCGAGUGGCGCGAUGCGGUGACGCACUUCCUGGAGUCGCACUACAAGCGGUUCCUGUCGGACCCGGAGGACGCCAAGCCGCAGGGGAAAGUGACGGGGUACUCGCUCGAGCAGUACGACUCGUUCAUGGCGUUCAAGGACCGCGUGGAGCGGCUGCUAGAGAAGGUCGUGGGCGACCUGGGCUGCUCCGGGCAGGACCUGGUGGACGCCAUCCAGGUGAACCUGAAGUACGAGUCGGCGCUGUCCACCGAGAAGAGGUUCUGUAUCCAGACGCUGCUCACGUUCGACGACUACGACGCCUUCUGCUCGCGGAUCAGCGAGUACGCGGCCGAGAAGCAAGGUUUAGUUGUCGGGUAUGAUGCUACCCCCAGUGGUAACGCCGAGAUCUCCGAGUGGGCCCUGCAAGAGGCGAUCGCGAGGUCGAUCCUUGAAGCCCAUGCAAGAGGGCAGCUUGACGAGGCUGAAGCGAGCUGGCUGCCCUGGGCGGAAGCGUUCGUGCAAAUGAGCCAGGCGGCCGCACCAGCUGACGUAGGCACCGCGGUGGAGGAGUACCCUGAUCAAGCGAAGGGUGUGCCUGACGAAGCCAAAGCGGAAACAAAGGACGCUGCAGAAGAUGACCCCGAGGAGAAGGGAGACGAUCGAAUGCACGAACUAGAGAAAAUAUUGAUCCGAGAGAGGUUCAAAGUGGACUUACUCGUCGCGCAGCGGAUCGCGGAUGCUAACGCCCAAAUGAAGAAGCAAAUGCUGAAUCUUGCGGCAGAGGCUGUGGAUCAAGACGAAAACACUGACGGCAUGUCUACCGAGAAAGCCGCAGAAGAAGAGCUGGCAGGACUCUUUACGCAGAUCGAAACGAUCGGCGAGCGUUUAAAAGAUGUAAAGUCUCGCUGCUUCAAAUUCGAAAGCGUGACUCAGCAGCAAAUGGACAACAUAUAUCUCUUUCUUAAGGAGAAAAUUCACUACAAGCAGGACCUUGUGGCCCAGGAAAGAGACAUAUCGACCUUCAUCUUCACGCAGAUCCACGAGAAGGACGAAGCUCUCAUCCCGCUGAUGCUGGAGUGGCUGCUUCUCGAGUCGGAGCAGCUUCGAACGCAGAACCAGAUCCAAGAACACCUCGCAGGUCCACGUGACGAAGGCUACUGGACGCAGGUAUGGGAUGAAACCUCUCAGGCGUUCUACUACGUCAAUUCGGCGUCAAAGGAGAGCGUGUGGGAGCCUCCUUCUGUCGGAUACUAUGACAUCAACCAGGAGUUCCAAGUCCCGGGUCUCGAAACCGAAGCUGGUCCAGCAGCGGAUGCGUGGACGGCUGCUACCAAUGAAUCUGCUGAAGAAGUUCCUUACCCUGAGGCGGGUAUAGCGGCCGACUCGAAAGCUUGGGAAGAACCGCCAGCACAAGAUGCAUCGGCUGAAGGUGACCUCCAUAGUUCUGAGACCCGUACGGAAGAGAAGGCUCCAACGCUGGAUCAAGCGUCAUCUCAGCUGGACGCGACGUUCGAGCUUAAAAUCGACCCGAACGCAACUGAAAUGAUCGAGAUGGAAAGCGUCCUUGAGCGUAUUUCGAGAGAGCACGAGCAGGAGCGCAAGCGCUUGGAGCUGGUGUUUGAGUUGGAGAAGGCUCGACAGAAGGAGGAGCUGCGCAAACGCAAAGAGAAGAAGCGUCGAGAGAAGCUGGCAAAGAAGCAGAGGCAGAAGGAAGAAGCUUUCCGCGACGAAGCUCCGAAGGAGGACGGACAGGCUUCAGCGCAGCCAUUGCCAGCUCCUGUGACUUCGCGGAAGGCGGAGACAAAACCUGAAGAGAGAUCGCCCCUGAGUAUCAAUGUACCCGGCCACGGUCGAGUCGACCUAUCACACCUGCUGAGCGAUGCACACGCUACUCGUCAUCGGCAGAUGAAGGGGAUCACGCCUGCUCAUGAGCGUGCUAUGCUCAACCCGGCAACACUACGCUACCUCACGGAGCAAAUGGUGAUUAAGCAACCGGAGGUGUUAGGCCAGCAAGUUAGCCUACGCAAGGAGAUUGUGCUAGACGAGUUUGCGGAUGAAAAAUAG